CUUUUCCAUGUCCGCUUAUCGCAGCGCAAUUCGCACCAUGCCAUAAUUUCCUCACCGGCAUGCGUGCGCGUGUGCGCGUGUUUGACCCCGGAAAUCAGAUGUCAUUGUCGGACGCGGUUCAUUUUAGAUGAUUAUUGCCUUUCCUUUGCUUUUCUUCCGUUUGGACAAUGACAGCAGCGGCGGGUACCAGCCGCACCUCCUCUUCCUCCAUCGGAUCCGCGGCGCCGCCGCUGCUGCUGCUUCCAGCUCCAGCCUCCUAGGGCUGUCCGCGGCUGUGACUGAUCCGCAGCCUCUGCUGAUAGUAAAGGUAUAAAAUAGCCAAGAUGAUGUGUGAGGUGAUGCCCACAAUUAGCGAGGACACGGCGCCGUGCCAGCGCGGCUCUCAGAGCAGUGCCUCGGAUCCGGACUCCCACUUUGAGCAGCUGAUGGUCAACAUGCUGGAUGAGAGGGACCGGCUCCUGGAUACACUGAGGGAGACCCAGGAGAGCCUUGGACUGGCUCAGCAGCAUCUGCAGGAUGUUAUUUACGAUCGGGACUCGUUGCAGCGUCAGCUUAGCUCUGCCCUGCCACAGGAGUUUGCUGCGCUGACCAAGGAGCUGAACGCCUGCAGGGAGCAGCUGCUGGAGAAGGAGGAGGAGAUCUCUGAGCUCAAAGCUGAGAGGAACAACACCAGGUUACUUCUGGAGCAUCUGGAGUGUUUGGUAUCCAGACAUGAGCGAUCACUUCGAAUGACGGUGGUCAAGCGGCAAGCUCAGUCCCCCUCAGGGGUCUCCAGCGAGGUCGAAGUCCUCAAAGCACUCAAGUCCUUGUUUGAACACCAUAAAGCACUCGACGAGAAGGUUAGAGAGAGACUACGGGUUUCAUUGGAGAGGGUUUCUGCCUUGGAGGAGGAGCUCACAGCAGCCAAUCAGGAGAUUGUGGCCUUACGAGAGCAAAAUGCUCACCUUCAGAGGAAAGUUGCAUCUGGUGAAGGAGGAGAUGACCUACUGGAGGGAAGUGAAGCUCAACAAAAGAUUCACGGCAAGCGCCUGUCAAAUGGCUCUCUGGAAUCGGCCCGUGAGGCGAGCCAGGUGGUGGAGCUGCAGGAUCUGCUGGAGAAGCAGAAUUACGAGCUGGCCCAGAUGAAGGAGCGCAUGUCCUCGCUCUCUUCCCGGGUCUCCGAGGUGGAGCAGGAAUUGGAGACUGCCCGCAAGGACCUCAUCAAGUCAGAGGAGAUGAACAAUAAAUACCAGAGGGACAUCAAAGAAGUCAUGUGCCAGAAGGAGGACAUGGAGGAACGCAUCGUCACUCUGGAGAAACGCUACCUGAGCGCCCAGCGGGAGGCUACAUCUGUGCACGACAUCAACGACAAACUGGAGAAUGAGUUGGCCAAUAAAGAAGCAUUCCUCAGACAGAUGGAGGAGAAGAAUAGGCAGCUGCAGGAGAGGCUGGAGCUCGCAGAGCAAAAGCUCCAGCAGACGAUGAGGAAAGCUGAGACGCUGCCAGAGGUGGAAGCAGAACUUGCCCAGAGGAUAGCUGCUCUCACCAAGGCGGAGGAGCGUCACGGGAGCAUUGAGGAGCGAAUGAGGCACUUGGAGUGCCAGCUGGAGGAGAAAAACCAGGAGCUGCUCAGGGCUCGACAAAGAGAAAAGAUGAACGAAGAGCACAACAAACGCCUGUCGGACACAGUGGAUCGACUGCUAACGGAGUCGAAUGAGCGCCUUCAGCUUCACCUGAAGGAGAGGAUGGCAGCUCUGGAGGAGAAGAAUAUGUUGAUUCAAGAUUCAGAAGGAUACAGAAAACAGUACGAAGAGUCUUUACAAGAAAAAUCCCAUCUGGCAGACGAGAUUGAGAAGCUGAGAUCGGAGCUCGACCAAUAUAGAUUGAGGGCAGGCUCCCUCACAGAACCCACUCUGUCUCGGUCUCAUCUUGACACAUCAGCUGAGCUUCGAUUCUCUCUGGGAUCUCUGGCCGAAACCCAGUCGGACCAUUACCGCUCGGCUAAAGUCAUCCGCCGGCCAAGGAGGGGUCGGAUAGGUUUGCGCGAAACAAAGGCUAAGUCUCUUGGAGAGCAUGAGUGGCGCUCCCAGCAGCUGGGCGUUUUGGGAGGCCAUCACUUCGAAAGCGACACCGAGAUGUCGGACAUCGACGACGACGACAGGGAAACUUUGUUCAGCUCCAUGGACCUUCUCUCUCCUAGCGGCCACUCCGAUGCACAAACUCUGGCUAUGAUGCUUCAAGAGCAGCUGGAUGCCAUCAACAAAGAGAUAAGGCUGAUACAGGAGGAGAAGGAGUCAACAGAGCUGCGAGCAGAGGAGAUUGAGAACAGGGUGGCCAGCGUCAGCCUGGAAGGGCUUAACCUGGCUCGGAUGCACCACCAUGGAGCCUCCAUCACUGCCUCAGCCACCGCCUCCUCCCUGGCCUCAUCUUCUCCACCCAGCGGGCACUCUACCCCCAAACUGGACCCCAGAAGCCCUGCACGGGACAUGGAGCGCAUGGGGGUGAUGACUCUGCCCAGUGAUCUGAGGAAGCACAGAAGAAAGAUAGCUGCUGUGGAAGAGGAUGGCCGAGAGGACAAGGCCACGAUCAAAUGUGAGACCUCCCCGCCUCCAACGCCGCGCACUGUGCGAAUGACACACACACUGCCAGCCUCCUCGCACAAUGAUGCACGAGGGAUUGUGGCUUCUCUGGAGGCUGAAGCCAGUGCCCUAAGUAGCAUAACCAGCAGCCAAGACUCCCUGCACAAACAGCCGAAGAAGAAAGGGAUCAAAUCCUCCAUUGGACGCUUGUUCGGAAAAAAGGAAAAAGGUCGACUGGGGCAUCUAGCACACAGACAGGUCAUGGUCGAUCCUCAAGCCACGAUGAUGGACCCAGAUGCAUCAGGCCAGGACAUGGGGGUGGGCAAGUUGGGAACCCAGGCUGAGAAGGACCGCAGAUUAAAAAAGAACGGGCACGAGCUUUUGGAGGAGGCCAGGAGGAAAGGAUUACCUUUCGCCCAGUGGGACGGCCCCACAGUUGUAGCCUGGUUGGAGUUAUGGUUGGGAAUGCCAGCCUGGUACGUGGCGGCGUGCCGUGCCAACGUGAAGAGCGGUGCUAUCAUGUCGGCCCUUUCUGACACCGAGAUCCAGAGAGAGAUCGGAAUCAGCAAUCCCCUGCACAGACUCAAACUUCGCCUGGCCAUCCAGGAGAUGGUCUCCCUCACCAGCCCCUCAGCCCCACCCACCACCAGAACCCCAUCGGGCAACGUAUGGGUGACCCAUGAGGAGAUGGAGACCCUGGCAGCUCCUUCCAAAACGAAGUCGGAUUCAGAAGAGGGGAGCUGGGCACAGACACUCGCUUAUGGAGACAUGAACCAUGAGUGGAUAGGGAAUGAGUGGCUGCCCAGCCUCGGACUACCUCAGUACCGCAGCUACUUCAUGGAGUGCCUGGUGGACGCCCGCAUGUUGGACCACCUUACCAAGAAGGACCUGAGGGUACACCUCAAAAUGGUAGACAGCUUCCACAGAACAAGUUUACAGUAUGGGAUUAUGUGUCUGAAGAAGCUCAACUAUGACAGGAAGGAGUUGGAGAGACGCAGAGAACAAAGCCUGCAUGAAAUAAGAGAUGUGCUGGUGUGGAGUAAUGAGCGAGUCAUCCGCUGGGUGCAGAGUAUAGGCCUGAGGGAUUACGCUAACAUCCUACUGGAGAGUGGCGUGCAUGGAGCUCUGGUUGCCCUGGAUGACAACUUUGACUACAGCAGCCUGGCGCUGCUUCUCCAGAUCCCCAACCAAAACACUCAGGCACGUCAGAUUCUGGAGCGAGAGUACAAUAAUCUUCUGGCUCUAGGCACUGACAGGAGACUGGAUGAGUGUGAUGACAAAGAUUUCCGGAGUCCGUCGUGGCGGAGGCAGUUCCCUCCCCGGGACGUCCACGGCAUCAGCAUGAUGCCUGGAUCUGCAGAAACUCUUCCGGCUGGGUUCCGUCUAACUACGACGUCCGGUCAUUCCAGAAGACUGCCCCCUGAUGUCCUCUUUGAGGUGCUGGAUGACAGUCCUGACGACAUGUAUUUGGACUGGUUUCAAGUCGGACCGUCUGCAGUGCAGCGAUUGGACAGCUCCACGGUGAGAACCUACUCCUGCUGAGAGGAGGAAGCAGGGGACCUUAAACUCUGCAGUUCUGAAAGAAAGGGGCCGAUCUGCUGAGAAACAAUCCGAUGACUCGCACUGCCAAGAAGCCCUGCUUUCCUCUCUGAUCCCCCCUCCAUGAUUUCUAACGCAGGCACCAGAUGCCGGUGCUAAACUGUCCUGCAGGCCGCCUCGUUGUCACCAUUUCUACCUUUUACAUGUAAAGUAAUUUGUCAGAGCAUAAUGUACUGUGUAUUUCUUCUACAGGAGAUGUGUAGGUUAUCUGUAAAUUCUUAUAAAUAUGCCAUUUUUAAUAUAUAAACAUCUAUGUAUAAAAAGAUUAGGGGUUUGUGCAAAAAAUGUCCCUGCCACCUCAUUUAGCGGACCAUAGAUGAAUAUAUGCUGCUCUUUAAACUCUCCAUGUUCCUCUAGAUCAUUUUGUACAUAAGGUUUUAUUUUUUCAUUGUGCUAAUGAAAAUUAUGAAGAGGGUCUGCUGGAUGUUGAGAAAAUCUGCCCUCACAACUUAUUUAAGGACUAAUCAUAGGAUGGAGGAUUUGUCAGCACACUGGAACAACAUGACAAGCACUUUCAUACAACUGCAUCGACUCAGAAAACCUAGUAGCCAAGGACAAAACAAGAGACACAACUUUCACUAGGAAAACAUUAAAAGCAUCUGCAGAGCUGUUCCUUGUUAAAAUGAACGUUUUGUGAGGCAGCACAUCAACACAGACUACACUUACAGCCGAGCUGGCCUUUUACCCCGCCCCUCCUGUAAACCCAACAGAUGAAAUAAUUGAAAGAGACUGCUUUAGCUCAUAGUGUGUGUAGAGUGUUUAUGAAUAUGUUGAAGUGAGGUGACCUAAUGAUUUAAAAAAGGAAAAAAAAAAAAAACCUGUUGCUUGCUGUGACUUCCAUUUUGGUGUAAAUGUUCAGGGUAACCUACUGUACAGCCCUGUUCUUUGUCUUUUUUUUCUGACGGACAGCAAACGUCUUACACAUUUGUUUUUACAUUUGCACGAAUGAGGAUUCAUUUUGUUUCCUUUUUUUAUUCUUGUACUUUGGUCAGAACUAAGUGGUGCGCACACAAGUUUUCAUUGUCAAUAAAAAAAGACGUUAGUGA